AUGGUAUUCGGGCAGAAUAUGCCGUUCAUUCAGGAUGGACGCUACAAUGCUCAGACAAAAGCAAUUGAAAUAAAUAUUAACUAUGGUGGCGGCUGCGCUGAACACAAAUUUCAAUUAAAGAUUGGUUCAUGUCUUGAUGAUUUCUAUCCUGUUCAAUGUGAUGCCAAGCUAAUUGAUCUUACAACAAAUGAUUUUUGCGAAGCGUUCAUUCAUCGCAAGGUCUCAAUUAGUCUCCGUGAAUCUGGCUUGGACAAUGGUUAUUACACAGGCGCUUCUAUCCAAAUCCAGGGUGCCGGUGGUUCUAAAGCCACUAUUUAUCUUCCAUGA